CAACAACAUCGGAACGGAUUCGGUACAAGCGAUCACGAUCCGUCCUCGACAGCAGCUCACUCGCUCUCGCGCUCACUUUCCGUUGCUCGUUUUCGAUCAUGGCCUACGAUGGUGUUCUCUUGGGGAUGGGGAAUCCCCUCCUCGACAUAUCCGCCGUUGUCGAUGAGGAAUUCCUCAACAAAUAUGAUCUCAAGCCAAACAAUGCAAUUCUUGCGGAGGAAAAGCAUUUGUCAUUGUAUGAUGAAUUAGCUGCAAAAUACAAUGUCGAAUACAUUGCUGGAGGGGCCACACAGAAUACAAUAAGGGUUGCGCAGUGGAUGCUUCAAAUUCCCGGUGCAACUAGCUAUAUGGGUUGCAUUGGAAAGGAUAAAUUUGGAGAGGAAAUGAAGAAGAAUGCAGCCGUUGCAGGCGUUAAUGCUCAUUAUUAUGAGGAUGAAACAGCCCUGACUGGUACAUGUGCUGUAUGUGUUGUUGGUGGUGAAAGGUCCCUAGUUGCUAACUUAUCUGCAGCAAACUGCUAUAAAAUUGAUCAUCUGAAGAGACCAGAAAACUGGCAAUUAGUUGAAAAGGCAAAGUACAUUUACAUAGCUGGCUUUUUCCUAACGGUGUCUCCUGAUUCCAUCCAACUUGUAGCUGAGCAUGCUGCUGCAAAGAAUAAGGUCUUUAUGAUGAACCUCUCUGCUCCUUUUAUCUGUGAAUUCUUCCGAGAUGCCCAGGACAAAGCUCUACAUUAUGUGGAUUUUGUCUUUGGUAAUGAAACCGAAGCGAGGACCUUUGCAAGAGUCCAUGGAUGGGAGACAGGAAAUGUUGAGGAGAUUGCAGUAAAGAUCUCAGCUCUGCCCAAGGCAUCAAAGACACAUAACAGAAUUACUGUCAUCACACAGGGUUGUGAUCCAGUUGUUGUUGCUGCUGAUGGAAAGGUGAUGCAUUUGUUGGAGGAUUUCUGUCUCAACUGGUCCAAGAGAAGAGCAUAGAUGACUGUGUAAAAGCUGGGUGUUAUGCGGCAAAUGUCAUAAUCCAAAGGUCAGGCUGCACCUACCCAGAGAAGCCAGAUUUCCGGUAAAAAGAAAACCACGAUGUCACGGUGAGGAUUUGCCAAGAUCAGGCCAUCUUAUCCUUCAUAUUAAUUAGCCAUUUGCUGCUACGUUGUCUCUUCAAUGUUUUGGGGCUUUUCCACUUGAGAAAGUAUUACUUUCAACAUCGCAUGGUGUAGGUGGAUUUCUCCAAAUGUUCACUCGUGAAUUGUUGCUGUGAGAACUAAUUUGCCACAAAGGAUGCUGCUCAUGUUACUGGCGUUGGAAAACAUCCAUCGGGACCUCAACAUGUUAUUGGAGAUCUAAUUUGCCCGUGCACCUUAUUGGCAUUGCAUAAGAGACUUCCUCAUCUAUCAUCUUGGUUGCAUGUUGUUUGAGUAAUCUAUUAUGCUAAACAUUCCAAUUGAAAUCUAAACUGUCGUAUAUAAGGGUUAGUAUAGCUUACCUUUUGAUGAUAUUAUUGAAUCGUAAAACUUUUGUAGAUCUGCACAAAAUGAUUAGUUCUUUCUUAUCUUUCUUACCUUUUA